ACUCUGAAGCAGAGAGUCGCUUGCGCAGACCGAGUGCCGACGUAUACAUUGUAUGAAAAUAAUUGGCCGUAUUCUUCUUUUGACGAGCUGUGUCCAUUAUGUAUCGUCGAGCGUCGGCAUUUGGACGAGUGUGACGCCCCAGGACGUCAGUGACAGCGACAAUGACUGCCUCAGACAGAGAUGGGUACAUUCGUAACUGCACACCACCCGCUAUAGAUGACUUCCCGACGGGCCUGUUCACGGAACUGCAGAGGCAGCAUGGCGCGAUCGUACUCCACGCCUUCAUAUCCAUCUACCUCUUCCUGGCUCUCGCCGUGGUCUGUGACAAGUUCUUCGUGCCAGCUGUUGAUAGAAUAUGCACAGCCCUAAAUAUGACUAAUGAUGUCGCCGGUGCAACAUUCAUGGCGGCUGCUACAUCUGCACCAGAACUGUUCGUGAAUGUGAUUGGUACAUUCAUCACUGAAGGUGACAUUGGUGUAGGCACCAUCGUAGGUUCAGCUGUGUUUAACAUACUUGCGGUCGCCGCUUGCUGUGGGAUUGGGGCAGGAAUGGUUGUGCCAUUAGAUUGGUGGCCUUUAACGAGAGACUGUCUCGCAUACGGUAUCACAGUCUCAAUACUUAUUUGCAUCAUGCACGAUGAGUAUGUACAAUGGUAUGAAGCGUUCUUGCUGGUCCUCUUAUACGGAGUAUACAUUUGUAUAAUGUACUAUGAUAAGUCCAUACAAAACUUUGCUAAGAGAAGUUGGAAGUGUGUUUCCAACAUGAUAAAAUCAGACGAAGAAAAGAACGAAAACGCGGUUGCAGUUGAAAUCGAUGAAAAAGAUAAAUCAAAUAAUAAAAGUGAUUUAAUCAUUGAACAUCAUCAACACAAUGGUAAUAUAAAGGCUGGCCAAAUCAUUAUAGACAGCGGUGAUAAGAAAAUGACGAUAGAUGAUGGCAAGGUCAACGAUGAUACGACCGUUAAUGUUGGUGACAUGGAGAUUGUCCACUCAGAUGAAGUUAAUCAAAAUGUUGACACUAAUAAGGAAGCGCUAGAUGAAAAUGAGCAUUCGUUGUGGAAGUGGCCAUCUGGUAGAAGUAAACUCACUAAGGCAACAUGGAUUAUUACUUGGCCGAUACAUUUAGUGUUUCUCUUCACGAUACCAGAUUGUGAGAAGCCGCGCUUUAAGAAUUGGUUUCCUCUAACAUUCCUUAUGUGUAUCGUUUGGAUCGGUUCUUUAUCCUACAUCGUAGCUUGGAUGAUUACAAUCAUUGGUGACACCCUCAUGAUACCCGAUUCAGUGAUGGGUAUCACAUUUUUGGCAGCUGGUACAUCCGUUCCUGAGGCUGUUUCAAGUGUCAUAGUUGCUAAACAAGGUCAUGGAUCUAUGGGUAUCAGCAACUCAAUUGGGUCAAAUACUUUCGACAUUCUUCUAUGUCUGGGCCUGCCCUGGCUGAUCAAGGCUUCACUCACACCGGCAGAACCAGGACAUUAUUGGGUGAAGAUAAACUCUAUGGGACUGGAGUACUCGGCUAUAUCGUUGCUAUCGACGCUGCUGCUUUUAUAUCUGACGUUUUGGUUUAACAAGUUCAAGCUAGACGCCGCAGUGGGUCGGGCAUGUCUGGGCAUGUACGCCAUGUUCCUUGUCUUGGCUACGCUCAUCGAGUUAAAUGUAUUUUUCCCGGUGAACGUACGUACUUGCAGGAGAAACGAGCUCAAGUCUUAACUGUGACUCGUACUGAACGGAGGGGUUACCAGCCAGUGAAGUGCAGUAACAGUAUGGACUGUAAUCGAUUUCUUUAGAAGUCACCUGUAUUUGGUGCUAUCCAUAAGCUAGUUCGUAAGCUGGCUUUUUCUCUUUAUUUUAAUAAACCUCAAUACUCCUGAAUUCUCUAGCUGUAUGUCAAUGGAUUGUGGUAUUCAAAUCAAUUGUAACUGAUGUUUUUUUUAUGAUUUCAUACAAUUAUGAUUAUCAAAUUUAUCAGUAUGGAAAAUUAAGUAACGAUAGAGAAUUCAGUUCAGUUAUUUUUGUAUUAUUAUCUGUUAAUUGUUAGAUUAUGUUUUGUAAUAUGAAUUUGAACAGUUAAUGCUAAAUGACAAAAUACGAAUCUCAAUUUUGUAUUCGAAUUUUAUUGUUAUGUAAGUUUUAUAGUGUUUAUGGAUAGCUGUUAUCUUAGAGACCAAAAAUGUAAGAUCUUAGAUGUUUAUUUUGUUAAUUAAGUAGAAUGAUUAGCAUUCAAAGUUCGCCGCUACGUAAUAUUUUGUAAAAUACCAAUAGAUUGCAUAUUUUUCAUGACGCUGUUGUAAAUAAAGUAUCAGUUGAUGUUAUUGUAACACAUUUUAAUAGUAAAUAAAUAUAUAGAACUAUAUUUCA